UGUGCAUGGAACGACAAACCCAGUCCAAUCCCCUGCUGUACUUAUACAUCCUGUAACUCACUACUGCACCAGUGACUCACAAUAUGAAAGAUAAGCCCUGUACGCUCACUCUUGAGGACGGCACACGCUACGACCUCACCCAACUUGCCUCUGCCAAAGCCGACUAUGUCACGAAUGUCGGAGAUAUAACUUAUGUUUUCAAUGUUUGCCGCCGAGUAGUGAGCGAGGUGUACAGGAUAGAGGAACCUGAAAAUGUUGGGGCAUUCAUGAGGGAUGGUUAUGCCGAUUUCUCAUUGGGAGAAGUGAAUACGACCUUGACACUGUCUCCAAUGACAGAUGACCCCAUGAUCAUCAUGACGGAUGGAUCGAUAUGCCCUGGCAAUCCUGGACAAACGGCUUCCACUGCUAUACGAUUCGUAUGUAGUCAAUCCGACUUUAACGCCGAUAAACCAAUCUUUAUCACCAGCCUUCCUCCACAAGAUCCAUGUCAGUUCUAUUUCGAGUGGAACACGCAUCUGGCCUGUCGUCCCGGUCGUAAAAGUCCCACCAGGCCUACCUUUCCCAAAGGCGAAUUGGACACUCACCACUAUUAUUUUGCUUUUGCUGUUUUUCUUGUCAUCGUCCUCUUAACAUGGUUUGGGGGUCUUACGUUGUAUAACCGCUUGUACCUCAAACGCCGCGGCCUUUCCCAAUUCCCACUCCCGACUUUCGACUACCAAUCUAUCAGCAUUCCGUCAAGGAAUUCAAACGAGCAACCUGGACCGAACUGGGAUCCAUCGCGACGUCGAUCUAAUCGAUCAGGAGGUUAUGGCCAUGUUCGGGCCGAGGGACAUGAUGGGGAAGAAAGGUUUGCGGCGAGGUAUAGUUUGGAGGAAGAACGCGAUUGAAGGCGCAAGCAAGGACUUUUUCUUGGCCGCCUCCUGAUCAGGCGCGCUGAUUAUAAUAGCUACAGUUAGGCAUAUAUGUACCCCUAAAUACUCGGUUGUCUGUUCAAGUAAUAUAUAACAAGCAUCGCUCGAAAUGUAUUGUAUG